AUGGCUCGCCACGGGGAUACUCGCUCACCAUCACCUGUAGGCAGCACAUAUUCUUCUUCCAGACGGAGUCGCAGAGAUGAUGAUCGCUAUGAGAGGAGCAGGCGAGAUGAUGGGCGGAGCUACCGAAGAUCUCGUAGCCCUGAGAAGCGAUACCGUGACCGUGAACGCGACCGUGAUUCAUAUCGUAGACGUGACCGCUCGCUAGACAGACGCGCCGAUUACCGUGAUGAAGAUACGUAUAGACCAAGUCGACGGGAUCGUUCCCGCGAUCGACGUCGGUCGAGAGAUAGAGAUGAUGAUCGGGAUUACCGUCGCAGAAGUCGCGAUAGAGACUUUCGAAGCAGGCGAGAUGAUUCCCGCGACAGGGCUCGGAGACGGACAGAUGAUUCUGCUGACUUGAAACACAAGUCUAGACGGGAUGAUAGCCGGGAGCGGGCCAGAGAUUCCGUUCCCAGGUCUCGAGAGGCAUCGAAGCCUUCGACACCAGCGGCCAACACUGGUCCGACAGAUGACGAAAAGCGAGCCGAAAGACUGGCCAAGCUCGAAGCUUGGAAGCAAAAGCAAGCCGCAGAGAAGGAACGCAAACAACGAGAAGCCGCCGCAGCUGGUGGGACAAGAAGCAUCCUGGAUGAGAUUGACAGAAAGUCAGGCUUAUCACCAGCUGUUGGGUCUCCCCAGUCUUCUGCGACGCCCAUUGAUGCUGCCCCAGCGUCGUAUACUGGAAAGUUUGACCCGAAGGCGAUUGCAAAGAAUGCCGCACCGGCGCCAGCUGUGAAGUCUGUACUGGGGGAUGAUAUUGCUGUUCCGCCGUCCGCUAAGACAUCUGCUACCUUCCCUUCUACAAAGACUGAGGUUCAAGCUAACAAACCUUCUGCUACUUCAAGCAAAGCAUCAUCAUUGAAAGUAAAGGGAAACGUGGGUAGUUUUGGCCUGGGUACCAAGCAGGCCGCAGAUACCGAGAAAGCGUCAGCGACGAAGACCCUCGGCUUUGGCGAAGAAGAAUCUACCCGGCGGAAGUUGGAGAGGUUGCCAACUCCUCCGCUAGAUGACGCCAAAGACUCCAAUAAGGAAGAAGAUGUGACGGCAGAAGACGAAGACGAUGACGUUGACAUGCAGGAUGGUGACACUGAGGAGGAAAAUGCGGCUGCGGCGCGGGCAGCAGCAGAGAGGAGAGAAGAGCGACUGCAGAAUGAGGCUCGUGAUUCUCAAUCAAAUGGCGAUGUACAGAUGAGCGAUGCGUCGAAUCAAAAAGCGCCCGACAAGAUGGAAGUGGACGCCCAAGAAGAGGAAGAAGUUGAUCCCCUGGAUGCCUUCAUGUCUGAAUUAGCAGAGUCUGCCCCUCCGAAAAAAACGGCUGGCGCCAAGUUCGCGAAAGCUAAACCACAACAGCCUGAGGCUCUCUUUGGAGAUGAGAAUGAUAUGGACAUGACUGCUGUCGGCGACGGCGAUGCAGAUGAUUUCCUUGCUAUUGCUAACAAGGCCAAAAAGAAGAAGGAUAUCCCAACUGUUGAUCACAAGAAGGUGGAAUACGAGCCUUUCCGCAAGAAGUUUUACACCGAGCCUUCUGAUCUGGCAGCGAUGUCCGAGGAAGAGGCUGCUAGUCUGCGAUUGGAACUCGACGGCAUUAAAGUCCGUGGUGUGGAGGUUCCAAGGCCAGUGUCGAAAUGGUCUCAGUGCGGCUUAGGUGUGCAAACCUUGGACGUAAUCGAUAGAUUGGGCUAUUCUGCACCCACUUCGAUCCAAGCGCAAGCCAUCCCAGCGAUCAUGUCCGGCCGUGAUGUAAUCGGUGUAGCGAAGACUGGUUCGGGUAAAACGAUUGCAUUCUUGAUCCCUAUGUUUCGGCAUAUUAAGGAUCAACGGCCAUUGGAGAAUAUGGAAGGUCCCGUUGGUCUCAUUAUGACACCAACUCGUGAACUGGCAACCCAGAUCCAUAAAGACUGUAAACCGUUUUUGAAAGCUUUGAACCUUCGUGCGGUUUGCGCUUAUGGUGGCGCUCCCAUCAAAGAUCAAAUUGCUGACCUAAAGCGUGGCGCGGAGAUUAUUGUCUGCACACCUGGGCGUAUGAUUGAUUUGCUAGCAGCGAAUGCUGGCAGAGUUACAAACUUACGCAGGGUCACAUAUGUCGUCCUGGACGAAGCUGAUCGCAUGUUCGAUAUGGGGUUCGAGCCUCAAGUCAUGAAGAUCUUGGCCAACGUCCGACCUGAUAAGCAAACUGUCUUGUUCUCUGCUACCUUCCCGCGGAACAUGGAGGCUUUGGCCCGUAAGACCUUGAACAAGCCCGUUGAAAUUGUGGUUGGCGGUAGAAGCGUUGUUGCGCCUGAGAUCACACAGAUAGUGGAAGUUCGGAGUGAGGACAAGAAGUUUAUCCGGCUUCUGGAGCUUCUAGGUAACCUGUACUCUACCGACGAAAACGAAGACGCACGGGCGUUGAUUUUCGUUGAACGUCAGGAGGGCGCCGAUACACUACUUCGUGAGUUGAUGCGUAAGGGUUAUCCUUGCAUGUCCAUCCACGGAGGUAAGGAUCAGAUUGACCGUGACUCCACCAUCGAAGACUUCAAAGCAGGUAUUUUCCCGGUUUUGAUCGCCACGUCUGUUGCGGCCCGUGGUUUGGAUGUGAAACAACUCAAACUCGUGGUGAACUAUGAUGCGCCGAACCAUCUCGAAGACUAUGUCCACCGUGCUGGACGAACUGGCCGAGCUGGUAAUACUGGUACGGCGGUUACGUUCCUGACCGAAGACCAGGAGCGGUAUUCCGUUGAUAUUGCUAAGGCGUUGAAGCAGAGUGGACAGUCCGUGCCGGAGCCUGUGCAGAAGAUGGUUGACUCCUUCUUAGAGAAGGUCAAAGCAGGCAAAGAAAAAGCCAGUGCGUCUGGUUUCGGUGGAAAGGGUCUGGAGCGCCUUGAUCAGGAGCGAGAUGCUGCUCGUAUGCGUGAGCGCAAGACAUACAAGACUGGCGACGAGGGCGAAGAAGAGGAAGAAAAGGAAGAGAAGAACGAGAAGGCCGAAGAACAGUUCAAUAAGGUUCUCUCAUCGGUUCAAUCCGCCGCUGCGCCAAGCCUACCUGGCGUUCCUAAGGGCAUUGAUCUGGACGGCAAGAUCACCGUGCACAAGACUGAAAAGGACGCCAAUGGUUCGAAGAACCCGUUGGACAAGGUGGGUUCGGCUGUUGCUGAUAUUCACGCUCGUUUGAGCCGUGCUGGUGUGAUGAGGUCUGGAGUGCCCAUCGAUAACCGCGGGCCUGAUGCCGGAGCUUUCCAUGCUACGCUUGAGAUUAAUGACUUCCCCCAGAAAGCUCGGUGGGCAGUCACCAACCGGACCAACGUGGCCAAGAUUCUCGAAGCCACAGGGACAUCCAUUACCACGAAAGGCAGUUUCUAUGCUACUGGCAAGGAGCCAGGUCCCGGAGAGAACCCCAAACUGUAUAUUCUUGUUGAGGGUGAAACUGAGUUAUCUGUGACGAACGCCAUGCGUGAGUUGAUGCGGUUACUUAAGGAGGGAACUAUCGCUGCUGCCGAUAGUGAUGCGAGGGCACCGGUUGGAGGACGUUAUAAUGUGCUUUAA